CACCAUCUGUCGAAUCUUUUCAUGAAGCUGCCUCGACUGUAGGCCAUUAGACGAUAUAACGAAUUUGCCAAUUGUUGUUUGUUUCGGGCAAGCUUGGCAUUGCACCCUGUAAAUACGACCAACUAUCCAGAUCAUAUUGCCGAAAACCGUCGGUGUAGCGGCACAGAGGAUGCUUUGCGGUGAGACACACCUCCUGCAUCCAUUGUGCGAACCAUCGUUGCAGGCCUCAGAGUGUCGGAGAUUGAUCGCGACAACGAGACGUCUUGCAGCAGCUUGCUAUGUCCAAAUUGUUUCUUGUCCAUCAUUUGACGCGUUGUGCGCUGUGGACCUUGCUGUGUUCCCUUGACGCAUACGACAUUGUACGUAGAGCCAUUGUGUCGAUCGACCUAUAUGAGACGUCGCAGCUGAACUUCAGUGCGGUGAUGCACCGUACAAUGCAAGGCUGUCUCGUCGAAUUCGUUCAGCUUGCACAUUGUUGCGCGGCUGAUCUGUCAGAGGGUGCGGAUGAGCUGACAAGCUGCUGAAGACCGAUAUGACGCUGGGACGCUUGAGGAGAUGCACGGAGAAGCCAGAGGCAAUGUGACGCCUGAAGGGAAACCUUGCAAGGCUGCAAAGUCGCGACGGAAGCGACGUCGACGAAGGCUCGAGCUUGAGAGCUCUGAGCGGCGUGCUGAAGAUCGAUCGUCGAGCAUGCUGUCCC